GCGAAUAUUGCGCGACCUGUGGGUGGCUAUCACCAUCCGUGCUGACUGAGAGUGUGGAGCACGUCGGCCGGUGCCGGUGGCGAGGGCUUCAACUUAGACUACUGCAGCAGCAGCAGCAGAUAGCUAGCUAGCUGUAAACAUGUCGUUGCCAGCUUUGGAUUCAACAGAUAGUCAAGCACUUCUGGAGCUUUUGGAGAAGAUGACUGCUGAUGCUAGUCAAAUACAGGAUGACUUGCUGCAGCAGAUUUUAACAACAAAUGCAAACACCCAGUAUCUGAAAGGUUUCUUAAAUGGCUACUCUGAUAAGCAACUUUUCAAGAAGGCGGUGCCGGUUGUAGAAUACCAAGAUAUCGAGCCUUUCGUUGAUCGGAUAGCCAACGGAGAGUCAUCCCACCUAAUAUCUUCACACCCCAUUACUGAGCUACUCUUGAGCUCAGGAACUUCCGGUGGAAAGCGGAAAGCGAUUCCGACAACAGCUGAAGAGCCAAGGCGCAGGGCAUUCUAUGCCAGUCUCACUGCUACUAUACUAAACAAGCACAUUGAAUUCUGGAAUCAAGGUAAACAGAUGAACUUUCGAUUCAUCAUGCCAGAAAUGACUACCUUGGGUGGAUUGGUGGUAACUAAUGCUGUAUCAAGCAACUUCAGGAGGAGCAGAAUUCAAAACCGUUCUAAUUGCUGGAAUAAUGACACUAGCCCAGAUGAGGUGAUAUUAUGUGAAGAUAUCAAACAGAGCAUGUACUGCCAAUUACUUUGUGGUCUUGUGCAGCGUGAUGCCGUAGUGAGAAUCGGAACAACUUAUGCAUCCGGAUUUCUUCGCGUCAUCAAAUUCUUGGAGGAGCAUUGGCAAGAACUCUGUUCCAACAUAAAAACAGGAAAUAUCAGUGAUUGGGUCAUUGAUCCUGGAUGCCAGAAGGCUGUAUCUUUGAUUUUGAGCCAACAGAUGCCCGACUUAGCUGAUUCAAUUGAAAUUGAAUGUAGAUCAGGAUCAUGGGGAGGAAUAGUCAAGAGGCUUUGGCCUCGAACCAAGUGCAUUGAGGUCGUCAGUACAGGGACUAUGACCCAAUAUAUCCCAAACCUUGAGUUCUACUGUGGUGGGGUACCUUUAGUUUCAAUGUACUAUGCGGCUUCCGAGGGAUUUUUUGGUCUCAACUUGAAGCCAUUGAGCGACCCUUAUAAUGUGUCUUACACUCUUGUACCAUGGAUGGCCUACUACGAGUUUUUGCGACUAGGUCAUAAGCAAGAUCAUAGCCAAGAUAAUGAUACUAAUUGCAUGAGUACGCUGGGUGAACUCGUCGAUCUUGUCAAUGUGCAAAUUGGUCAGCAGUAUGAACUAGUAGUAACUACCUUUACAGGGCUUUACAGAUAUAGAGUUGGAGAUGUUCUCAUGGUAACUGAUUUCCGUAACGACACCCCUCAAUUCAAAGUUGUGCAACGGCGUAAUGUGGUUUUGAGCAUAGACUUGGAUAAAACAACCGAAGAAGGCCUCUUGAAAGCGGUUUCAAAAGCCAUGCAAAUCCUUGAACCACUUGGCUGCCUUCUCACAGACUACAGCAGCUAUGCAGACGUGUCCUGUUUUCCAGGGCACUAUGUACUCUUCUGGGAGCUUCAAAUGAGAGAAAAUGCGGGAACAGCUGCAGUGCUUGAGAGGGUUCAAAUGGAAGGAUGCUGCAAUGUGGUGGAAGAAUCAUUAGAUGGGAUGUACAAGACACUGCGGAGGCGAAGCAAUGUAAUCGAUCCGUUGGAAAUUAGAGUUGUGAAACGAGGAACGUUUGACGGGCUCAUGGACUUGUUUCUUUCUGAGGGUGCAUCUUUGAAUCAAUACAAGACGCCUAAGCGCAUUAAAUCUGAGAAGGCCAUCCAAUUCUUGAACUCAAUGGUGGUGGAAACAUUUUUCAGCCGAGUAUUGCCUGCCUUUCCUCCGACGGGAUGAAUGAAUGAAAGUAAGUUUAGCAUCAAACCGUCUCGAAAUCUUUGUGCAGGAAACUGUCUUGAAAAGACAGAGCCUUAAUUUCAGUUAAUCAAAUCCGGAACAUGCAAAUGCAUAUAAAUCAAUUUGCUGAGAUGAAGUUAAAGCAAAACCCGGAUGAUGAAAUUGGCAAAUGCGGAGACUUUCGCCUUUUC